UGCUGGAAAAAGAAAAUGGUGGUUCGCUUAGGAUUUAGACGUGCAGGUCCAUGGAUUGUGCAAAGCAAAACAUUGAGUUGAUAUGCCAAAGAGAGGAAAGGGGGAACUACCCCUUCCCGAAGGCUGGGAGGAAUGUUUAGAUUAUGAUGGGAAAAAGUUUUUUAUAGACCACAACACCCGUCAAACAACUUGGAUCGAUCCGCGGGACAGAUACUGGAAUUUGGAAAAUUUUGGAUACACCAAACCCCAGUCAUUUGCAGACUGUGUAGGGGAUGAGCUCCCCUACGGUUGGGAGGAAUGUGUGGACCAACAAAUAGGAGUAUACUUCAUCAACCACAACCAACAAACGAAUCAGCUUGAAGACCCAAGACAGCAAUGGCGAGAGCAGCAGGAAAUGAUGCUGAAGGAAUACCUGGUCACUGCUCAGGAGGACCUUCAGGCAAAGAGAGAGAUUUUCUCAGUCAAAGAGCAGAGACUUCAGCUGGCUACAGAUGAAUUUGAACAUUUAAAUGACACGCUUGGUGGAUGGAAGUCAUCAAGGACUAGUUUGAAUUCCAACUCCAGUGUUGGCAGUGCUAAGUAUGACCCUGACUUACUGAAGUCCGAUGUUAACCUGGCCAAAAACAGGGUGUCUCGCCUUAAACGGGAAUUAGAGCAGAUUCGUGCCGAGAUGGUGUACAAGGAGCAGGGAGUGGAAACUCUAGCACAAGUAGACAAGAAGUUGUCAGGGGAGGGAGGUUUCUACAGUGUGGACCAAGCUCACACCAUUGUGUCAGAGAUUAGACAGCUUCAGAAUUCACUGUCCAAUGGUGAACAAGAAAAACAGAGCCUAAUGCAGUCUAUAUCACGCUUGAAGGAGGAAUUCUUGAUGAGUAAACAUGGUGGAUCGUCUCCUGACGUAUCAACAUUGUCCAUACCACUCAAAUCCAGCACUGCCUCUCAAACAGACCUCCGAGGAGAGCUUGGACCUGGUAGUAAUAAGUACAUCACUGAAAUCACCCGAGUCCGACUUCAGUAUGAUGAGUCCAAGAGAAAGCUCACCAAUCUGAAGCACAAACUGGCCCAUAUCGAAGAUCAGAUGAUACCUGGUCAGAAUGAAUCGGACAAGGACAGGCUGAUGCUGUUGCAAGAAAAAGAGCAACUUCUUCGAGAGUUAAAGGGAAUUAAUCCCAAAGGUCGCAGUCAAGUGGAAAUGAAGGGCAUUCAGACCAGAAUAAGUCAGCUAGAGUAUGACUUGAAUGUUGCAGUGGAGAUAUCCAACAAACAGAUUGCAGAUAGACUCCAACUCCAUGAAGAGAAGUCCUCCAUUAUGCAAGAAUUAGCAGAGACCACAAGACACACUUCACUGCUAGAAUCACAGUUACGCAGUUUGUCACUUAGUACGCUCUCCGUUUCAUCAGGAUCAAGCCUUGGAUCAUUAGGUUCCUUGUCAUCUUGUAGUCGCGGGUCACUAAACUCGCUCAACAUGCUGGACAUUUAUGGCCAGCAGCAUUCUCCUGACACAAAUUUACAAGACCUGCAUCGCAGGGUUGAGAAACUGUUACAAGGACACAGUAUAUCACCCAUUCAUGAGCUGCCACUGUCAACUGAAGUGACAGAGGCAGCUACUAACAGUUAUCUCCAAAGUGUCAUGGCCAGUAACAAUGACAUUUCAUCCUCAUCAUCUAUUGCUUCCUCACCCCCAGUGUCCCCAUAUGAUGUUGGACCACCUCCCUCAUACAAACAACACAUGACAAAUGUUACUGGCUUGCCACGGAAAGUGAACACCUACAACAUACCCCAACAACCACCAUUAUCAUACAGUGCCGGUGUCAAUCUCAUAGCAGAUCAAUCAAACAUAGACCCCAUGAAUGGACUGCCUUCUGGGCCUCGAUUAGAGGCUGGCAAGGGAUCAUUUGUGCAUCCUAAUCCCCCUACAGGACAAUCAGUGAAUGACAGUGUUAUCAGUGCCAAAAGGUCACAGCUUGCAGACAUCAUGGAUGUGUCCAACCCUCCACUCAGUCCAAUCAGUGAAAGUAGUUCCGGUGUAUGCAAUAAUUUGUCGGGUGGCAAUACCAGAAGUGUGUCAGCAGCUGUCAGUGAUGAGUCAGUAGCUGGUGACAGUGGUGUGUUCGAAGCUUCCAUGAAUGUCACCAACAAAAGAGAUGCCAUCGAUGACAUGUUUGAAAUGAACCUGGAGAGUGCCCAGAUUCAAAUAAAACUCAAAUAUAAGAGUAUUGACAGCCAGCUAAUCAUUGGUAUAGAGCAGGCCAGGAAUCUCUCAGCACUCGCCUUCCCACAGAAUAGCAACGUAUGCAUAAAGGCAGCAUUAAUCUCCAAUAUAAAAUAUGCAUCUUGGACAACCAAGGCCUCUACAGAAUUAAAACACCCUAAAUUUGGUGAAGAGUUUAGGAUAACAAUAGCAGAGCAACAGCUCAUUAACAAGACUCUGCAAGUCCAGAUCUGGAGCAUACACAAUCAGCUGGGGUCAGAAUGUCUGGGCUGUGCACAGGUUAGCUUAGCAGACUUUGACCCCAAGUCUGUGUCCCAGAAAUGGUAUAAUGUAUUAAGCUUUAGAUUUAUGCAAUCAGACACGUCUGACACAUCUGAUGCCACUCAACAGUUUGACAACACCAAAGAUAAAACACCCAUCGCUUCUCCAGAAACACAAAAGGAGGAUGUAACCAAAUUAUUGGAGGCCUCGUCUGCCAGGCUACAGAAAUCAGAAGACAGACAGACUCCCACAGAGGGACUCCGGGACAGCUGCCACAUAAGACAUCCAUUGGUUAUGUCAUUGAAGGAGGAAAGUAGUGAUGAAUCCACAGUCAUAUCAUCUCAGACCUCCACCCUCACACGCAACCAUGGUCCUGAUGACAUUGAGAAGUUGUACCACAGUAAUGCCAUGACAGGAGAAGAGGAGGAGGAGGAGGAUGUGGAGAAUGAAGCAGACUAUGAUGAGCGAAUAAAUGAAGCUAUGGAGGAGCUCCAUAAUGCUGUUCACAUCGAGGACGACAGUGGCAGUUCCACGGAUCAGGAGGACUCAAUUGCCACUGGUACCUGUGACAAGGAGACAAACACUGUUUCGAUGUACUCUGAUCGUCCCACCAUCAAGAGGAGGCCCCAGGAAGGAGCCAGGAAUAGCACCAUCAGGAGGUCACAGACAUUCUCUCCAGCAUGUAGACCAGGCAGUCAGUAUGUUUGUAGGUUAAACAGAAGUGACAGUGAUAGUGCCAUGUCACACUUCAGGAAAGGCCCAUUUCAGAGGAAUUCAUUAGAUCGCAGAAGCAUGCGAUGGAAAAGGUCAACUUUUCAUGGUAUUCGUGGAGAAAAACUUCCACUGAGAACCUCAAUAGAUUUGGAACUAGAUCUACAGGCCUCCAAAACUAAACACACACAACUUCACGAUGAGAUUAGGAGAUUGAGAGAACUUCGCACACUUUUGGAGAAUGCUAAAGCCAAAGGAGAGAUUGAACUUCCUUUCUGGUUAGCUGACAACGAACAGUUCCAGAAACUUUUGACAGAAGCAGAUCGAAUGAUACUGAGAGAUCUUCAGGCUGUUAGAACAGCCAGUAAAGACGGCAAGCAGCUAUCAAAACAGGACAGGCGAGCUGAACAGAUGAUGAAAAAGGUGACGAGAGAUGUUCAGAGACUGAAGAGAACUAGCCCCAACUCCAACACUCAGUCCUUCAGAGAAAAAAUGGCCUUCUUCACCAAUGUCUCCAUGACAGUUCCUGUUAUUCCAAAAGAAAUGACUGUAACUCCAAGUGAAGAAAAUCGCCUCGAAGAAUUUCUGAAUGAUGAUAGAAUUGGACAAGAAGUAUGAAAUGUGUACACAAAAAUUAUUCCAACACAAUGUUUGUAGAGGAGAUUGCUUUGAUUGUAUAUGCUGAACAAGCUGUAAUCAAACCAUUCCAUAAGUUCCUGAAGGAGACAAAGAUUCCAUAGAGUGAGCAAGUGAAUGCUAUUUUGGUGCCUAGCCACAGGAUCUGCCAUAAUGGGCAUUAGGGAUUGACAGCUGUCAGCAAAGAGAGAAAGGUGACAAGUCUUAGUGUGAUGUACACAUGUAUGAUUGAUAUGCAGGGGGAGAGGUCAUUGUGUGAUGUUGACGAGUCCUUGGGCCUGACAUGGUCGUGACAUACACAAAUAGGGUAAAGGUUUAAAAUAGUCCAUGCAGUUCCAUUUUGGGAGUGUAUAAUUCAUUAGUUAUUUUUCAUCCAAGCCUUUGAGAUCAUAUUAUAUUGUGCAAUUACUAUCUAUGCAAGAUGGCAGAGGUUAAAAACCAUCAUUAUUUCGCACAUCAAUGGACUCAAUCUCACUGAUCCCCCCUCCAGAAGUGUGUUUAUUGAAUUGUUGUUCUGUGAACAAAUUGUUGCAAUAUUGGUAUUUUUACCAUAACAGAUAUUAAUCAAAGGUGUGUGAUAUUUAUUUGUAGAAAAAUGAGGGUACACUUCAUAUUUUUAUAUGUACAUCUUCUAUUACUUAACUGGUAAUCAAAAUAUAUAUUGACUUGCUUCUUGGUAUCAUGUACACUGUUUUGAUAGAAAUGUUUUAGAUUCGUUAAGUCUGUGAAACCAAAGAAUGUUACAUUUUAUAGACCCUUUCACUGAUUUUAGCUUAUACACUUUCCCAAGAUUUGUUUUAGAGAUUGGAAUUAUAAAGUAAAGAAAAAGUAAAUUCAUCUUGGCAGUAAGUUUGAGUAUAUUUUUUUAAAGUGUAUUUUCUGUGCUAAAGCUCUCGUCUAGUUUUCUGUGCUAAAGCUCUGUCUAGUUUUGUAAAUACAUUGGAUACCUAUACAUAUGAAAGUAAAUUGUGAUUUGUUUUAGAUGUUUAAUAUAUAUAUACCCAUAUAUCUAUAUACAUGUAUUAUCUAUAUAUUUACACUGUAAUCUAGUAUGUUGAAACGAUCCUAUUUAUUUCAUUUUAGCUCUUGUUAUAUGUGGUUUAUUUUAUACAUUCAUAUCAUUAUACAUUUGUUAUGACUGAAAGUCUGACUAUCGGUUCUAAGAGUUCACUGGCAUCACCAUCCGAUGCUUCAUCACAAACAUUCAGCAAGUCACAGCAGAUUACUUCCUCUACUAUCAAUUCAACUUUUCGUCAAAGAAUCUCAGUCGAACAAUGAAUUUUUGUAGAAUUGUCAAAAUUCAAACAAUCUUAAGAUCUAUAGUGUAUGUGUCUUGUUAUUCAGAACUUUGAUGUUUUUUGUCAAUUAUUAUUGAAACAAGCCUGUUUAUUUCCUUUUGUCAGUUCUGUAACACCCCACAGGAAGGGUAUAUUCCUGUCCGCCUUGGUUUGGGUUGUCAGGCUUUACAAGUUGUACCCUGGGUUGAAUGCACAGUAUUUUGUUUAGGCUGUUUGUGGACAACACCAGUCUGAUUUACUCAGUUUUAGGUUGCCAUGGUAACACUCUGUACUAGAUACUCAGGAUGAUCAUUAUUUGUAUGUAACAAUUAUAUUUUGCAUAAAUAAAGCAAAAUAUUUCAAUGAAA